AUGAGUGCCACUGAACUAUUGCUUUUCUUAACCUAUUUAUUAUCUGUAUGUGGAAGUGAUGAUCGUUUUGCCUAUCAAGAUUCUCCUAUAUGUGCAAGCUAUGACCUAAAAGUAUCAUUUGGAACACCAACAAGUACAUUUGAAUGUGAAAACGAAAACAUAUUUCAGACAAAAUAUCAAAAACAUGAUCUCAAUAACGAUGCAUUACCACGGGUACAAAGUUCGUGCAUAAGAAACAUGUGCAAACACAGAUACAAUCUUUCAGCUCAACAAUCGGCUUCUUUUACAUGUCCACCAACCGGUAGCAUUCCAAGUUCAUGCAAAAGAAUAUUUUGUACGAAAGAUAAAUACAUAAAAACCGUAAUGCCAUAUAUGGCAUCAAAAUACGGAAUUACCGAUUCUAAAGCGUAUAAAGAAGUCCUUUCUACAAUCUACAACUUCUUCAGGGGCGAUAUGAACCGAAUAAUCAUCGUUCUGGCACAUUCUAUCUUCACAACCAGUGGUUUUACUCAAUUAGUGAAUGUCAAUACAGUUCAUGAUAAGUACGGAUGUAAAGGAAUAUUGCAAUUCUAUGGUGAAUCGAACUACAAACUGGCGAGCGAAAAUUUUGAUUUCGUUAAAUAUCCUAGCGAGAUGGCUGUUUUGGGAACCAGGAGUACCAUCGGAACACUACAAGGAUAUUGCAAGAUCAACCCUGAUGAUAUUUCUAAUUAUUUCUUUGAAUCGUUGGUCGGACUCAAUCCAGGCGAAGUUCAGAUAAUGAACCUAAAAAAAGAAUCUACUCGGCUAAAAAUAACAGAACGGGUUAGAGUGUUGAACGAGCUUAAAAAUAUAUUCAACGUAGAGAUUUUAUUUGCGAAAUCAGGAAAACAUAUACCGGUAGAAAUACAAAGAAUACUGCAAGACAUGCCGGAAUUGAUUUUCAACACGAAAUUGAAUUCAGCAGAUACAAUCAUUCUCAUGUAAGUAGUAGGAUUUGCGGUGGAAUGCGAUAACUAAAAAUCUUUUUGUCAA